AUGAUGGCUUUCAAUUCUUCAAGAGCUUUUCUUUCGACUCCGCAGGCCGAUGAUAGCCGCUCAGAUCCUCCGAACCUUGAGGAGCAAACGACGCAUAAGGCCAGCACAUCUCACCCACACUGGUAUUGGGGAACCCACAGUACGAACGGCCAUUCAAUGUCAUUCUUCACGAACUCACUGAAAAAUACUGUCUCGGCAAUACUACUACGCGCCUCACCUAAUGACUGGACUCGCCAGUAUGCAGAUACAGAUCGGUAUACGGGCAGUACAGAGUCGCACUCGAUUAAUUCUCAGCGUUCCUUCGGCCAGGAACAAACAAGCAAGGAACGCGAUGGUUUCUCAGCAGAAUCACUGCCAUGCAGUCCCGUGGAUCACGAGCAAUUGACUGAUUCUCUACAACGAACACUGCACGAACAAAAUGCAUAUCACCCUACUGGAUCAUACGAAGACCUUUGUCAAUCUGAUUACAUAUAUGAUGUCAUGAUUUUGACACCCCGAAGAUCCAGGAUUCGAAGGCGUAUGGUGAUUGAUUUCGAAACAGAGAUCAACAUCAUGAGCGAGGCGGUAUACAAAAAGUUAGAUACUCAUAUAGAAAGCUUUACAGGAAAUGAUAUCACGUGGUGGAAUCAGUCUACUGUUCGGCCAUUGGGAAAGUGCAGCGCAAGCUGGACUAUUUGUGGCCGAGAGAGGUUGUACUACGCAGAGUUUCUGGUAGUUGGAAAUACUCAGUUUGACGUCCUCCUUGGAAGGGAAUCAGUUCGACAGCUUGGCUUAUACAGAGCUGAUCCGUGGGUUGCGACCAGGCUACGAUCCUCGAACAAGCAAUGA